AUGAAAGAGCGGAAUUCCUAUUUGGAAAAUUCACUGUCCAGAAUUCUACAAAUCUCUGAUUGUCUUCAACUGGUUGCAAAGGCAGAUUUAUCCGUGCCAAGAUCUCAGCUCUCAGAGGCAGUUAAGCUUGUUCAAAGAGAACUGAAUCAGGAAAUCCGAUGCGCUCAAGACUAUGAUUCUCUAUACGAAGAUGAUAAAGAGUCCGAUGUGGAAGAGCGUGUGAAGCGAGUGCUUAGUUCACUCCCUGCAAGUCCACCUACAGAGCCGUCGCAGCCCGCUCAGACUAGUACCAUAUAUUCAGCCCCAUUGGUUCUGACACAGGCUCCUUGGAGUUCAAGUUCGAAUUUCUGGUCAUCAUUCUUUCAGACUUCACAUCCAAUUAUCCCAAGUGUCGAUUCAGCUCCAGCCCAUGAUGAUCCUCGACCUACAAACUUGAAUCAGGUCACAGAAUUUUCAACUCGAUCCAUCCCUUACGCAACAACGCACUUCACCCAGCGUCUAUACCGCGUCUGUGCACAAAGUGGCUAUCGCUUCCUGGUCAAUUCCAACGUCUCAGACCAAUCCAUGUGGCCGGAGUUUGGACUCAUGCUACAAAAGUUGCCUCGUUCUGAAGUGACAUCCUACUUCCAGCGCAUCUUGAUGACAGAGCCUUGUAAUCCUGUUGAGGAUUCCCGGUUCCCGUUUAUCAUCUAUGGAGGGGCGGGUACGAAUUUCCUAGCACAUAAAAGGGAUGCUUCAUCACAGUACCCGGGUUUAGAGCCUUUUGAGAAAACGAAUGGCAUUAUUGAGGUUGACUCCGAUGAGAAGUGGUUUGAUGUCCUUGAUGUGGAGCGAUAUUUGAUUCAUCAAGGGUUCCAAUUGAGUAAUCCCCAGAAGGACUUCUCAGGACAGCACGAACACUACCCAUUCGCUCCAUCUGAUCCACUGAAUUCUGGAUUGUCUAUGGGGAUAGGCCAGACCAAUCUCCAGCCACCACUGAAAAAAAUCGAUGAAGAUUUUAUCAUUGAAGGAUGUGCCGCUGCGUUUCGUCGACAUGAUGUGGAGAAAUUGAUUCUGCGAUACACCUGGUGA